AUGUCCAGUACGAAUGAAGACAAAACAGAAGACCGACCACGUUGGCUCAUCAACAUCGAGAACAGUAUAAAAGAAGAACUCGAAGAGUUCCCUUCGGAGCCAAGCUACUAUGAGAUAGUUCGUGAUUUGUUAUUGGCUCCGAAAGAUAAUGAACAGGCAGUCCCGGAUGCCGUGACCAGAUUCUAUCAGUUGUACGGUGAUGGAGCUGAGACUGAGCAAAGAGAACCGCCUGAGUAUGGAGCUGCAUACAAACUCAACAGUAUUGCGGACGUCGUGUUUGAAGCUGUAAGAGAUGUGUUUUAUACAACUCUCGAGCAUGAUAGGCUUGCCGAAUUUUUGAUUGGUAUCAAGAAGGGAGCCGCAACUGAUUCGUUUAUCAUGAUUGGGGACUAG